AUGGCUGCGAGCGUGAGUUCCUGGCUCGCGGCCGCGACGCCCACACCAACCCUCGCCUCCGUUGCUUCCAAAUGUGCGACAACACUCUCUGUCGGUGCCGUCCUAUCCUUCGGCCCCGGCCACCCUUUAACUACGCUCACCCACGCCGCCAUUCUCGAGACGCCCUGCGCCGCGGGUCAGACGCCGACGUCCUCGUCAUUACCGCCCGUCCUGCUGGCCAACGCGGAGGGCAUCGAUGCCCUCGACGCUGAAACGAGCGGCGGCUCGCCUCAAUUCUCCGACUUUCGCGAUGCCUUUUACGAGUCGACCUUCCCCGUCUGCUACGUCCUCGCCGCCACGACUGUCACCGCCUACAUGCUCGUCAUCAUGCUCUUCGUCACCCCACGCUCCUUCCUCGACGGUGGCGUUGCAUAUCUCGGCCGCAGCGGUUUCACCGGCAGCUCACCCAACGGCAUCAGCAUUGGUGGCCGCCCGUGGCUGCAGAAAGUAGCCGCCAUGACUGUCGCCAUCUCCCUGACCAUUGCCACUGCCGAUACGUUUCGCGUCGCUGAAGAGCAGUAUGCCUGGGGUGUGCAAAACGCAGAUCAGUUGCAGUCCGAAGUCAUGGACAGCACCGAACUUAAAAUCAUGCGCCUCAUUUCCGACACGUUUCUGUGGCUGGCGCAGGCGCAAACCUUGAUCCGCCUCUUUCCACGCCAGCGUGAAAAGGUCAUUAUCAAAUGGACCGCCUUUGCCCUCAUCACCCUGCAAGUCAUCUUCAGUGCGCUAAACAGCUUUUACUAUCUCACGAGUGGCAGCAACGGCAACGCGAGGCCACAGAGCUUCGUUGACGCCGUCCCCGCUCUCAGCUACUUAUUCCACCUUUCUCUGGGCUUGCUCUAUGCUGCCUGGGUCAUUUACUAUGCGCUCAUGAAGAAGCGCUACGCAUUCUAUCAUCCCUUGAUGAAGAAUAUGCCACUCAUCUCAGCUCUCUCCAUCCUCUCCAUCCUUAUUCCUGUUGUCUUUUUUGUCUUGGAUAUAUCCAGGCCAGAAUUUAUCGGCUGGGGCGAAUAUGUUCGUUGGGUAGGUGCCGCCGCAGCCAGUGUGGUGGUGUGGGAAUGGGUUGAGAGGAUAGAAGCCCUGGAGCGCGAAGAGAAGAAAGACGGCAUCCUAGGCCGUGAGGUUUUCGACGGCGACGAGAUGGUGGAGGCUUCUGCCUCAGACUUCCCCUGGCUACGGCGCAGGAGGAACCGGAAAAGUCAGGCCGGCGGAGGGCCAGGAAGCAGUGGUGCCGCUGGACAUGGCGGUGGCGUUGGCGAUAGCGUCGGCGGCGACGGAGGCCAAGGAACCUCGACGGCUGCGAGACUUAUGGCGUGGCCUGGUCUCACGUCAAUUCCUUCCAAAUACCAAGGCAACUUUCGCCAACAGCAGCAGCAGCAGCAGCAGCAGCAACAGCAACAACAGCAACAGCAACAAUCGGCAGCACGUAGCGCCGACGCGACGCAGCAAGCUCGUGUAUCAGCCGUCGGCACGAUCCAACCACCACUGUGGCCAGCUCGCCCGCCUCCGGCCAUAACCCCCGUGAGCAGGGCCGACACGGCCAGCGCAGCAAGCACCGACUAUGCCGUAAGGUACAAGCCCGCUUCAGACACAACGAAUCGCACGCCCGACACGCACCUCCGACGAACCCCGCCGGCAGCGGCAACAAUGCCGGCAUCGGCACCAGUCCGGCCAUCUACUUCAUCGUCGACAAGCCGGAGCACCGGCACCACCGAGUCAGACAGUGACGGCGUGGCAGUCGCAGCACCCGUACCAAGGCAGGCGGCUGUUGCCAAGGACAUCGACCCGGAGGCUCAACAAACCGACACGACGACCGAAGGCCGGAGCAGGUGGCGAGCCCUCAGCGCCGCGACCAACCCGCUCUUCAACAGGCAGGGACGUGAUCGUCCACCAGCGGCCGUGGCACCGCACACGGCUGCAGCGGCCGGUGAGCACCGGACACGGGAUCAGUACGCCAGCAGCGGCGGGCGGUGGGACUUGAGGGCGCGACUAGAAGACUUUGCGGCGACACAGGCGGAGAAGGUGCGCGAGAAGAUGCAGCCGACGCCCGAGACGGACAGUCUGCCGGUGACGGUCAUUCCGGCACCGCCGCGGCAAGGAGCGGCACUGGCACGUCUCCUCGAGGAAGAAGGAAUAGACGACCGCCGGUCGCCGCUGGAGCGAAGCACGAGCGGCGGAUCGGGCUUUUCGUCGUUCCCUGGCAUCGGGGCAGGGGCUCUGCCGCACGCCCUGGACAGGACGACGAGCGACGUGUCACGACAGGCGCCACGAGGAAUGAGCGCCUCGGUCGACACGGCGUCGGUGAACGCGAACCCGAGCCGGCCGCCGCUGUGGCCGGGCGUGCGAACACAGCCGAGCUACGAGCGGGCGGCGACGACUACGACGACGACGUACGAGUACGAAGACGCAUCGGACGUUCAGACACCAACGGAGCACAGCAGGCGGGAAACGGAGGGCUCGCGAGGGUCGCCUGCGCCGUGA